AUGAAGAUAUUCCUACCAGCAGCAAUUUUUCAGCUGUUUUUCCUCAGCCUCUCGUUACCUAUUCUCGCACAAAUUGAUCAACUCCCAAUAUGUUCCGUCUCCUGCUAUACUAAAGCAAUCGCACUCACUGGCUGCGGCAGCACCGACCUAGUUUGCCAAUGCGGGCCAGCAAGUCGGACUUCCGCAGUGCAAUCCCAACUUACAUCCUGCCUUAUCAGUUCCUGCUCAUCAUCAGACGUCUUCCUCUACAAUUCUGUCGCCAUCAGCGUCUGCGCAACCGCUACUGCCACAGGCUUGACACCUAAAAGCACUACCGCUGUCACAGCUGGGUCCGGUAAAAGCACACCUACCACUGUGAACCCAGAGGUUGUGGCCACAGUUACGACAACUGCAGCUCCCACUGCUGCACAAAGUUCUGGGGCGAAAUCAGAAGGAAAGAAAAACAAUGUAGGGUUGAUUGUGGGUGUGGUAGUCGGGGUAGUUGGUGUGAUAGCAUUGAUCGGCGCUGCUAUAUUGCUAUGCCUGAGCCGGCGGAAAAGACGGGCACCAGUACUGGUGCAACAUCAAGGGCCCCCUCACCCCCACCCUCACCCUCACCCGCAGGGGAAGUCGGAAUUGCACUCUGCGACUAUUCCAGUACGCACGUCGGUUGUCUCACAGCAGGCGGACGAAUUUAAAUCGGGAGAGGAGACGCAGGUCUACCAUCAGGCCACGCCAGUUCCAACCCAGGUGAAUGAGAUGCAAGGAGAGGUGAGGCAACAUAUACCAGAGAUCCAGGGGGCAGAGGCGAUGAGACCAGGCCAACCGGCGGAGUUGGAUUCGAAUUGGGAUUGGGCAGCAGGGAGGCCACGGAAUCCGGCGGCGGGCCCUGGAGUUUAA